AAUCUCCCAGCUGAUGGAUCCAGACGCAUUGAUGAACGAUAAACUCCCUGUUCCUGAUUAACAGGCAAAAAGCAACUUUUAAGAUUCAUAUGCUACACUGUCCUCUCUCCCUUGCAUUUACUUAUACAGGUAUCCUUCUUUAUCUAUCACCUGUUUAUACAUUCUCCCUGUCUCUCCUGGUUCUUCAUCUGAAUCUUUAUUUCCACUUCAAUUCUUGAUCCUUUUUCUGACUGACAGUGUCAUUCUGUCUUCUUCAUCACUAUUCCAAUACUUUUUUCUCCAUUUUCUCCCUCUUUUUUCAGACAUUCUUAUCUUUGUCUUUUUGUUUUCCUCCUCUUGUUCAUCAAUAUUUUGACCUGCUCUCCCUCUGGUAUUUUUCUCUAUCAGAAGCCCUUUCUCUCUCUCUUUCUCUCCCUCCCAUCUCUCUCCUCUGUCAGUAUCACCAGACUCCAGCUUACAGAAACAGAGCAGAGCAGAGCUCAACUCGACAUUAAUUCUGAACCGUCCUGCAUGCAUUGCUCUCCCUUUCUGUGAUCUCCGAUUAAAUAUAUUUCUGUUUGAUUAUGUGAUUACCUUCCUGCCUUGGCACCUCUUCUUCUUGCCAGUUUACUUUGUUUGUGCUUUGCUUUCCGUUAAAACUCAUUCAUUUAUCCUCUCAUUAUAUUGUCUGCUUUCAUUUUUUCUCUAUCUUUGUUGCCUGUUGCCUAUAACCUCCCCAUUCCCUUUCAGCUUUCACUCUUCCCUCUUAAGUUUACCUCCUCUAUUGCAUUUUGGAUACAUCCCAUGGAUAUUCUGCACUGGUUUUACCUGUACUUGGGGAUAUUCUGCAGCCUGGUGCCAUGUUGUGGCCACCCACAACCUUGCCGUAUCCUUGCACGAAUAGGGCACACAGUUCGCCUUGGUGCUCUUUUACCUUCAUAUGGUCACACUCAGGCUAGGAUUCAGAAUGUUCUCUCACGGAUCAGCCGCACCAGUUGGCUUCCCUAUAACCUAAGUUUGGAGGUAGUCUCUGGAGCCCCUCGAGACAGGAGCCCGGCUUCACUAACAAGGUGGUUGUGCCAGGUGCUGGUGGCACAAGGGAUUGCAGCAGUGUUGGCAUUCCCCCAGGCACAAGAGGAGCUACUACAACUGGAAUUUCUGUCCAGUUUUUUGGAAAUCCCAUUUAUCAGUAUUCUGGAGCAGGAGCAGAUUGUACCACUGGCUACCAAGAACCCUUUUCACCUCCAAAUGGAUACACAGAGCUCAGUGGAGAACCUCAUGGACAUUUUCUUUAGUGUCCUGCAGAAUAGUAGUUGGGAGGAAGUGGACAUCAUUACCUGCCAUCCCUGGGAUAGUGCCAGCAUACAAAGGUACCUGACCAGCAACACUACCUUAGUGUCUAGAACCAUACUUAAUAUCCAUCCUGUGGAUGAAUCUGCUCUGGUUCCCUUCUUACAGCAGCAUUUUGAGUCCAUGAAGAAUCCACAGUUUCCUAUGCUACUGUAUGGUUGUGAUGCCCGACGGUCCUCUUUGGUCUUUCGUGUAGCCAGAGACUGUGGAUUGGAAGCACAUGAGUUUCACUGGAUGAUUGGUCAUCCCCUUAAUGGGGAAGAGAUGACGACAGAAGGGAUGCCUCCAGGACUCCUGGCUUAUGGAGAGGUCAGUCGGCCUACCAUGGAAAAGUUUAUACGCGAUGCUGUAGGCCUUGUGACUCGGGCCAUCUCUGCUGCUGUGCAUGUCAGGCCAGAUCUUGCACUCAUACAAAGCAUGGUGAACUGCAAUGACAAGCAAACUAAGCAGAAUGAGUCUUCAGGCUCGUACCUGUCUAGGUUUCUGGCUAACACAUCCUUCUCUGGACAGACUGGUCAAAUUUAUGUCUCAAAUAAUUUGAUCCACACUGAACACCACUACAGGAUUUGGAGCUUGGUAAGAGACUCAUUGGGAGAUCCAACUUGGGUCACUGUGGGAGGCUGGCGACAGGGCAAAAUGGAAGUGGAGGAAGGUCUAUGGCAGAGUCGAAUCCAACAGUGGGAACCAGCACCAGGUGGCUUUGCCCGCACUAAACUCAGAGUGGUGACUUUGGUGGAACACCCCUUUGUUUUUACCCGAGAAGUGGAUGCAGAUGGCAGUUGCCCAGCUGGUCAAAUGUGUCUUGACCCACGAACAAAUAAUUCAGCUGUUUUAGAUGUCCUUUUUGAGGAGCUUAACUCACCAAAUGGCUCAGUGCCACUGGAGUACAAAACUUGUUGUUAUGGAUACUGCAUUGACUUGCUAGAAAAGCUCUCUGAAGACCUACGGUUUGAUUUUGAACUGUACAUUGUUGGGGAUGGAAAGUAUGGGGCACGAAAAGGUGACAGAUGGACGGGUCUGGUUGGUGACUUAUUGAGUGGAGCAGCUCACAUGGCUGUUACCUCCUUUAGUAUAAAUUCAGCUAGAAGCACAGUUAUUGAUUUUACCAGCCCAUUCUAUUCUACUAGCUUGGGCAUUCUUGUGCGCAUGAGGGACACUGCCUCUCCCAUUGGAGCUUUCAUGUGGCCACUACACUGGUCUAUGUGGGUGGGUAUCUUUGUUGCUUUGCACAUUACUGCUCUGUUUCUUACCUUUUAUGAAUGGAAGAGCCCAUUUGGAAUGACUCCACAUGGCAGAAACCGUACGAAAAUCUUCUCUUACUCCUCAGCACUUAACCUUUGUUAUGCCAUCCUUUUUGGGAGGACAGUGUCAAGCAAAACACCCAAAUGCUGUACAGGCCGAGUUCUCAUGAAUCUUUGGGCCAUAUUCUGCCUCCUAGUACUGUCAAGCUACACUGCCAAUCUUGCUGCAGUCAUGGUGGGAGAUAAGACAUUUGAAGCACUUUCAGGAAUCCAUGACCCCAAGCUACAUCACCCUUCCCAGGGAUUUCGCUUUGGAACAGUGUGGGAGAGCAGUGCAGAGCAGUAUAUCAAGAAAAGCUUCCCUGAGAUGCAUAACUAUAUGCGCAAGUUUAGUGUCCCAGCAACAUCUGAUGGUGUCCAUUUGCUAAAGACAGAUCCUCCAACUCUGAAUGCUUUUAUAAUGGACAAAGCACUGCUGGACUAUGAAGUUUCCAUUGAUUCCGACUGCAAACUGCUCACCAUUGGCAAACCCUUUGCAAUAGAAGGAUAUGGAAUCGGACUGCCUCAAAAUUCUCCUCUAACCUCCAACAUUUCAGAAUUCAUUAGCCGCUACAAAUCUUCAGGGUUUAUGGAUACACUACAUGACAAGUGGUACAAGAUGGUACCUUGUGGUAAACGGGUUUAUGCUGUGACAGAGACGCUACAGAUGGGAAUUUAUCAUUUCUCUGGGCUGUUUGUUCUGCUGUGCAUUGGGUUCUGUGGGUCACUCCUCACUUCACUAAUGGAGAGGGUAGUCUAUCACCUCAUCCUACCCCGGAUUAGGAGAAGACGCAGGUUCAAGUACUGGCUCCACACUAGUCAGAAGAUCCACCGAGCUUUAAAUAUGACAUGUGAGGAUCAAGAUGCGCUUUCUCCUAAGUUAAAUAAACGUUGUAACCUGCAGAAAGAUGCCACGGGUGCCCCCCAGUCUGUGUGGAAUAACCUACGUCGGACUCCUGCUCACCAGGAGAGGAGAGUGCACUUUAAUUUGGAGAAGGCGAGUGCUAGAGAAGGUCUCUGUGAGAAUGGGCGGCCCAAAGGAAUCAAACAGGAAGAGUUAAAAGAACUUGAAGUGAAGAUUGAGGGUAUGAAGGAACAGCUGAGAGCAGCCCUGGUGAGGAAGAGUCAGCUUAUGGUAAUCCUACAACCUUCCUGCACUCACACUAAGACAGACACCUCCGAGAAGAGAUGAUAAAAAUAUUGGCCUUUGCAGAGAAGAAGCUAAUACUUUUUAAAGGCUUGCAGUGUAAUCAUUUAACCUUUACAGUGAGGAGUUGCUGGCAGUUUGUCACUUAAGGGUUAAUGCCAGAGGCACAGGAAGCAAAACUGACUUUAUUCCUAUGCCAUUACAAUAAGGACACACUCACAUGCUUUUCAUUGUUUCCUGAGAUGCUGUAAAAACUAACUGGAGUUUAAACAGAUCAUGAAGCUGACAAUUCUGCUGAGGAUUAAGCGACAUUAACUCCAUAUGAGCAACAUUAUACAAUCUGUUUUAACUGUGUGAUGCCAAGUAUUUCUGCACUGCCAUAGCCUACUGCCCGUGCCGUACCUUCAUCAUAUCUGGAAAUCACUUAUCCAAUCAAAGAAUCUGUAGACUGGGUGGGUCAUGCUGUACACGUUAAAGGGAGAGAUUAAAGAAUCUAUUACAUAAAUGUUAGGAUGGGAUGUAAAUAGAGGGGGGUUAUACACAGCAUUACAGUAUAUUUUGUGUUUUAAAAGUCAGAGUAACAGUGAGGAUUAUUAUGGCUCUAAUACAAGAUUUAUACAAAUUAAACAACACCAGUAAUACAGACAGAUCAAUGAUAUCAAGUUUUCUAAAAGAAAAUAAAUGACUGUCAAUGGGUGCCUGAACGUCCCACGCUGCCUGCUGACAUGGCUAUAUAAAUAUUGGCAGGUAUUUUUUCCUGACUUAGCAUUUUAUUGGGCAAUGUAUGGAUCCAAAUCAAAUACCUUGCAGAUUGGUACUUAUUAGCCAAGCUGGAAAAUUCCACUUGCCAAGGACCACAUCAGUUCAAAAGAUCCUUGAUAUAAGCGUUGGACAUUCAGAUCAGAUUAAUUUGGCCCACUAUUAAAGUGGCCAAAUUGAGAAAACAUCAGUUUAUUUGGAGGUCUGACUGAAGGAGCAGAUUUUUAUUUGUAUAGCCAACUUUGUUUGCAGGCACUGAUUUUGUCCUUGUGCUCUGUGAGGUCAAAAAGCUAGAUGGCCAAGUUGCCCCAGUCAGCCUCUCUUUGGGAGCCCCAGGAUCACACAAGUGAUUUUCCCCAUACUAAAGCUAUUUUCAUUCAUGUUAUUUUUACAGGUUUUUAAUUCACCCAUAAAAGUGAUGGUAACUAUGUAUAUAUUAAAAAUAUUACCCUCA